AUCUUUGAGCUGCUCCCUCCCACCUUCUCUUCUCCCCCCGCUCUCUCUCUCUCCCUCAUUCUCUCUGUGGCUCAGUAAGUAAAGGGACCUGAAGCCUCCUCUUGGACCCCUAGAUCUGCAGUGCGGGGCUGAAGGGAGCAACCUGGGCGCCCAGCAUCCUCCACGCCUUCUUGCCGCCACCCCCCCCACCCCCGCCGCCCCCUUCCGUGAUCCAACACCUUCCUCCUCGCAUCCACACACACACCCCGGGCGAUCGUCGCAGCCCAACUUGGCCCCAUGCGAUCCAUCUGCCGGCUGGGGGUGUGGGGAGGAGGGGGAGGGGGAGGAGACGGCUUCUUCUUGUGACUGAGGAGGAGGAGGAGAGGAGGAGGAGGGCCCGGCCGGCGAGAGGGAGCCUUGGGCCAGAAGGGGACGUACCGGGCGCGAAGGAUGUAGCGGCGGCAGGACGCCUCCAGCUCGCAGCAGCAGCAGCAGCCGGCAAGGUGCCUCGUGUCGGUCCACUGCCACCUGGCGAGACGGCAGGAUGAGGAGGCCACACGCACCGUUAUGACACCAUGAAGAGCUACCAUGGGGAUCGCAGCCAAUCACGAGAGCUCCCUUGCCGCUGCAUCCCGGAGGCCUGCGACCAGCCGAUGGAAUACAUCCACCAUAGCCAGGAAUCUUGCCAGCCAUACCUUCUCAGCCCCAGUGAGCCUUGUUCCUUGGACCACUACUGCCCAUCCCGGAGCUCCGCCGAGCCCCCGCUCAGCCUAACCGAACCUCUGUCCGCCGCCAGCAGCAGCAGCACCUUCCCUAGGAUGCACCACCCGCCGCAGCAGUACGACUCCUGCGACGAGUGCAUGGCGGCCGCCCACCCUUCCAGCAAGAUCAACCGGCUGCCCCCCACCCUCCUCGACCAGUUUGAGAAGCAGCUGCCCUUGCACCACGACGGCUUCCACACCUUGCAGUACCAGCGGGCCAGCAGCACCGAGCAGCCCCGCAGCGAGAGCCCCAGCCGCAUCCGGCACCUCGUCCACUCCGUCCAGAAGCUCUUCGCCAAGUCGCACUCCCUCGAAGCCCCCUCCAAGAGGGAGUAUAACGGCACCAAGAUGGAAGGCCGGGGAGGCGACGGGGGCUACCACCACCAUCACCACCACCACCGCCAGUCCCGGCACGGCAAGCGCAGCAAAAGCAAGGACCGCAAGCUAGAUUCCUCCUCCUCGUCUUCCCGGCAUCGGAACAAGAUGAUGGGCUGGUGGAGCUCGGACGAUAACCUGGACAGUGACAGCAGCUACAUGGUGUCUGGGAGGCAACACACCGUCGACCAGGCCACCCAGUACUGUGUGGACGCGCCCGAAAGUGCCUUCCGAGAUCUGACCUUGAAGAGUCUGAAGAGCGGAGGUGGGGAGGGCAAGUGCUUGGCCUGCGCGGGGAUGUCCAUGUCUCUAGAUGGCCAAACCCUCAAGCGGAGUUCCUGGCACACCAUGACAGUCAGCCAAGCUCGGGAGGCCUACCCCAGCUCAGGAGGAGGCCAGGAGAAAGCCCUGAUGCUCCAAGAGGCGAAAGCCAAGGAUCGGUCCUACCAUUAUCUUCAGGUGCCACAAGAUGACUGGGGAGGCUAUCCAGCAUCAGGGAAGGAUGGUGAGAUCCCCUGUCGACGGAUGCGGAGUGGCAGCUACAUCAAAGCCAUGGGAGACGACGACAGUGGGGAUUCUGAUACCAGCACCAAAGUGUCGCCCAAGGGGGUGACCCGACGUGAUGCGUACCGCCGUUCCUCCAGCGUUGAUCAGGCCAGAACAAAGUUUGCAAGUAGGCACUAUUCUGACUCAUAUAUCUGUAACUGUCCCAGCUGCUGCACUUCACCCCGAAUCCGGCCACGGGGACAGGGGUACGGACGUUCCUUCACCACCGGUCAGAUCAACGAUGACCUUAACCACCAGUUUGAAGCUGUGUGCGAAUCGGUUUUUGGUGAGGUGGAGUCGCAAGCUGUGGAAGCCUUGGACCUGCCCGGAUGCUUCCGCAUGCGCAGCCAUAGCUACCUGAGGGCUAUUCAAGCUGGUUGCUCCCAGGAUGACGAUUGCCUCUCUCUCUUCACCAUGGCAACAACCUCCCACCAGCCUGGCCAACCCCUCACCAGCAGCAUCCUCAAGCCAAGCACCUCCUUCAGCUACAGGAAAGCUCCGCCUCCUCUCCCUUCAGGAAUCAAAGCCAAGCCCCUCAUUUCCGUCACUACGCAAAGCAGCACUGAGUCCACCCACGACAGCUUCCUGCCCAGAGAAGUCAACAGAAGCCCAUCAUGGUCCAAAGAGGCCACCAAGCGCUGCAAUUCCACCGAGAGCUUGGAGAGCACCAAGAUCACCGCCAUGUCCUUAGACCUGCCUUCCAUCCAACCCAGGACUUCCCCCAAACCCUCCACCCUCAUCAUCAGGACAAUUCCAGGGAGGGAGGAGCUGAGAAGUUUGGCACGUCAGCGGAAAUGGCGCCCAUCUAUUGGAGUUCAGGUGGAAACCAUCUCUGAUUCUGACACGGAAAGCAGGAACCGUAGAGAGUUCCACUCUAUUGGGGUCCAGGUGGAAGAAGAUAAAAGGCGUGCUCGGUUCAAGCGGUCCAACAGUGUGACGGCCGGCGUGCAGGCUGACUUGGAGGUGGAGGGGCUGGCAGGCCUGACGGUGGCGACGGAGGACAAAGCCCUUCAGUUUGGGCGCUCCUUCCAACGGCAUUCCUCGGAGCCGGAAUCCACGCGGCAGUACUCCGUGUACAAGACGGUGCACACGCAAGGCCAGUGGGCCUACCGGGAGGAUUACCAGAUGCAGUACGACACGGUGGAAGUGCCACGCCAGGAUUCCUGGAUGGAUCGGGGCUCGCGCAGCCUUCCCGAUUCGGGCCGAGCGUCGCCCUGUCACCGGGAUGGCGAGUGGUUUAUCAAGUUGUUGCAGGCGGAGGUGGAAAAGAUGGAAGGCUGGUGCCAGCAGAUGGAACUGGAGGCUGAAGAUUAUGAUCUGCCGGAAGAGAUCCUCGAGAAGAUCCGCAGCGCAGUGGGCAGCGCCCAGCUCCUGAUGUCUCAGAAAGUACAGCAGUUUUACCGACUCUGCCAACAGAAUAUGGACCCCAAUGCGUUCCCCAUGCCCACCUUCCAGGACCUGGCUGGAUUCUGGGACCUCCUGCAGCUCUCCAUUGAAGACGUCAGCAUGAAGUUUACUGAACUUCACCAUCUCAAAGCCAACGGGUGGAAACCCAUCGAGCCCAAGGUCCGGCCCACGGCUGCAGCUCCCCACCGUGUUGCUCAGCUGACGGGGCUCUCUCCCCACUCGUGUCCUUUCUGUGUCCUUUGGCAGGAGGAAAAGAAGGUGCCUCCGCCGAUACCAAAGAAGCCGCCGCGCUCCCGGCUGCACCCAGUGAAGGACCGGUCCCUGGACUCCGUGGACCGGCAGCGGCAGGAGGCCCGCAAGAGGCUCCUGGCAGCCAAGCGGGCCGCCUCGUUCCGCCAGAGCUCGGCCACCGAGAGUGCGGACAGCAUCGAGAUCUACAUCCCGGAGGCCCAGACCAGACUGUGAGGGCCGGGGGGCCGGCUUUUCUAUUCAUCCUGCACUUGCAGAAUACACAGCACACUGUGAUCUGCGGGCUGCGCCCCAGCCCCUCUCCAGGGAGGGUGCCUCUUGGCCCUGCCACAGUCUCUAAAUAGCAGUUUUUUAAAAACAACAUGAAAUCCCUGCAGCCCAAGGACCUGAUGCCGGAUGGACGUGAAUUGGGGUCCCGGCCCCUUCACCCAGCACUCUUGGCAGGACUUGGUGGUGACCACCCUGUGCCACCCACUUCCCUCCUGCUCAUCCAGACAUCUCUUCCCCCUUUUCUCCACCCCCCGUUCCAUGAGCUUUUCUCACUGUCCUGCAGGCUCGGGGCCCCCGUCCAGAACCCCGUCACUUCGCAUCCACCUGGGUUCUACGCCCAUCAAUAUUUAUAUAUAAAUAUAUAUGUAUAUGUACUUCUAUAAAUAUAACCGAAAGGGCGGAGACUGCCCAAGACCA